UUCCAACUUCACAGACCACGUUAUGAUGAAGUCAUUCCUAUCGAAUCCUCUGUUGGUGCUGGUAACCUGUCGGUAGAAGCUACAUGGAACAUUAAUCAUGAAUGCCUACGUGAGAAGUUUACUCUUCUUUUUAGCAGUUUCGGCUAUCCCAACUGGUCGAGAAGAAAUUGUAUAUCCGUCAUUGGAGACAUCAAGAUCAGGAGUAAAAACAGUCAGUUUUAAAGCUUUUGGUCAUGAUAUAAAUUUGAGACUAGAAUCUGCUGGGGAUAUACUAGCAGAUGAUUUCGCUGUUUAUGAUGGAGAGGGUCGUAAAAUAGGCGGCUCUGUUGAAAGUUUGAGAUCUAAAAUAUACAGAGAUAGUGAGAAGGAAGCUGCUCUUCAUGUUGACGAAGAAGGUCCUUUAUCUGUUAAAGGAAUUGUCAGUUCAAAUCUGAGAAUAGAACCGUGUGAAUCCGAAGAAAUGAUUCGAGACGGAGUAAAAGCACAUCGCAUUAUUGAAUUAAAGAGAGAUGAAGGGGGUAGAAUCAGAACGAACGAUGCACUCAUGAUUCCACAAGCAGAAAAUGCCACUGGAGAGGCAUAAUAAACUAGAAGCGAGCUUGAAUAAUUAAAGGUUGGUUGGCAUUGUGACGAAAUCCGAGGCAUUGCUAAACGUUUACUCGAGGCAAAAUUGAUACAAAUCACGAAAUAAAUGCCAAUUUUAUGUUUUAAAUUAAAACAGUAAUAAUUUUUUACAGUAUUUACGCAUUAGACUUAAAUGUAGAUCCCUCUCCGUCAAAUUAAAAUAAGGAAUUAAAAUGACGAAACGGUUGUUGCUACAAAUAUAAUUCUUUCGUAUAUUAAUAGUAAUAUUCACAUUCUGAUAAGCCAAUGUAAACCUUUUUUU